AUGUCCCAAGAGUACAACUAUACGGAUCCCCUCAACUUGGUGGUAGCAUUCCUAUUGGGAACGAUUGGAAUUUUCGGCGUCGUCUGUAACGCUUUAAUUGUCUACGUUUUUUUCAAAGAAAAAUCUAAACGAACAGCGUUUAAUGUCAUUUGUUUCUUUCGGGCUUUAUCAAAUAUCUUAAUCUUAACAACUAUUUUUCUGAUCACUUAUCUACCACAAGCUUUAUUAGGGUAUUCUCCAUACCCACCAGCAAUCGAAUCUUGGUUCAUCAAUACAUCAAACCCUUUAUAUCUUGGAAAUGAGCAUCAAAUAGUUUUAAUCGCAAUGAACAGAUUUUGUGCAAUGUUUUUCCCAACAAAAUAUUCGCGAAUAUUUUCAUUAUUUCAUACAACAAUCAUACUUGUUCUAAUCUAUCUCUCUAGAAUCGCACAGGAAAUAUAUGAAUGGUUGCCAUGGUCCGCAAAAGGUUGCUAUAAAUUAUUCUCGACAGAAGAUUUUGUUGUGAAGUACAUCAGUGCUCCCGAUUGUGACUGGGUGGAUAAUGCUCCAAAAAUAAUUAAGUAUACGUUUAUAGCAACUGCAAUUUUGAAUUUUAUCACUUUUUUGAAGAUCUUGCAUUUUUACAAGAAUAAUAAAAGAAUGCGAAAAAUAUAUUUAAUUUUAUACAAACAAUUCUUCUAGAUUCCCUAUAUCUUAUUGAUAUAACUUUUAAUGCGCAACUAAGUUUCUGGAGCACUACCCGUUUGUGGACAUAUUUUUGUGGAACUUUUAUUUGGGAAUGCCUACAUUCUAUUGAUGGGUGAGACCGAACUCUAUACAUUAAUCAUAUUUUUUAUUGCAGAUUCAUUAUGAUAAUUUUCAAUGAAAAGCUGGCAUUUCUUAAAACUAAAAUUAAAAAGAAAAUAGUGCUCCCAAUAAUUGGUGGUGGCCAUCCUCGACAAGGCCAGACAUCAGUCACAACAUAUUCUUAUGGAAACAAUUUUUUUAACACUGUAAAUAAUUAAAC